GUCGUGCGACAAGAUGGCGGCGCCCUUGCGCGAGUGCUGAGCAACACAACUCCUGUCGGCGAAGGGAAGAGGGAUCGAGGAAUAAGAAGGAAAAAAAAGAAACAAAAAUCGAUUUCUGUGCAACUUUUCCGCCGGAAGCAGAAGACGACGCGCAGGCACGUGCAGGGCACGCGCUCAGUAUAAUGCCGGAGCGCUGAGUGCGCGUGAAUGAGAAUGAAAACCCUGAUGAUGAUGAUGAAGGUGGAGGAGGAGGAGGGCCUGCGUCCGGUCCGUUACCCCUAAAGCAGCCCCGCCGUCACGACCCCCGUACCGUAAUAACUACAAUAAAACUGUCACCAUCAAAUAAAGUGCAACAGAAAUCUAACGACUAUCUUUGGAGUCUUCUCGCGGCUCGUGCUUGAGAUUGUGGACGCUGCCACAACGUUAGCAAGGAGCCUGAUGAAAAUGGACGUGGAUCAUCUGCACUCGCCCGCCGUGGCGCUGUCUGAGGAAGACGAGGCUGACAUGAGCGACUGGAAUCUUCCUCUCGCUUUCAUGAAGAAGCGGCACCUGGAGAAGAUCGAGGGCUCGAAAGCGCUCGCGCAGAGCUGGAGGAUGAAGGACAGGAUGAAGACGGUGAGCGUUGCACUCGUCCUCUGCCUGAACGUGGGGGUCGACCCCCCUGACGUGGUGAAGACGUCACCCUGCGCCAGACUCGAGUGCUGGAUAGAUCCUCUCUCGAUGAGUCCGCAGAAAGCUCUGGAGACGAUCGGGGCGAAUCUGCAGAAACAGUACGAGAACUGGCAACCCAGGGCGCGCUAUAAGCAGAGUUUAGACCCCACGGUGGACGAGGUGAAGAAGCUGUGUACGUCUCUGAGGAGGAACGCUAAAGAGGAGCGUGUCCUGUUCCACUACAAUGGACACGGCGUCCCCCGUCCCACCGUCAACGGGGAGAUCUGGGUCUUUAACAAGAACUACACUCAGUACAUCCCUCUGUCCAUCUAUGACCUGCAGACGUGGAUGGGGAGUCCCUCUAUCUUCGUGUACGACUGCUCUAACGCCGGGAUCAUCGUCAAGUCCUUCAAACAGUUCGCCCUGCAGAGGGAGCAGGAGCUGGAGGUGGCGGCGAUCAACCCGAACCACCCCCUGGCGCAGAUGCCCCUCCCUCCGUCCAUGAAGAACUGCAUCCAGCUUGCAGCGUGUGAGGCUAACGAGCUCCUGCCCAUGAACCCUGACCUCCCCGCUGACCUGUUCACCUCCUGCCUGACCACGCCCAUCAAAAUUGCUCUGCGCUGGUUUUGUAUGCAGAAAAGCGCCAAGCUGGUGCCGGGAGUCACACUCGACCUGAUCGAGAAGAUCCCCGGGCGUCUGAACGACAGGAGGACGCCGCUAGGAGAGCUUAACUGGAUCUUCACCGCCAUCACAGACACCAUCGCGUGGAAUGUGCUGCCUAGAGAUCUUUUCCAGAAACUCUUCCGUCAGGAUCUCCUGGUCGCGAGUCUGUUCCGUAACUUCCUAUUGGCGGAGCGGAUCAUGAGGUCAUACAACUGCACGCCGGUUAGCAGCCCAAGGUUACCGCCCACCUACAUGCACGCCAUGUGGCAGGCGUGGGACCUGGCAGUGGACAUUUGUCUCUCUCAGCUUCCCACCAUCAUCGAGGAGGGCACGGCGUUCAGGCACAGUCCGUUCUUCGCGGAGCAGCUCACGGCGUUCCAAGUGUGGCUCACUAUGGGGGUGGAGAACCGAAACCCACCUGAGCAGCUUCCCAUCGUCCUGCAGGUCCUCCUCAGUCAGGUGCACAGGUUGCGAGCGCUAGACCUGUUGGGUCGUUUUCUGGAUCUCGGACCCUGGGCCGUCAGCCUGGCUCUGUCUGUAGGGAUUUUUCCGUAUGUGUUGAAGUUGUUACAGAGCUCAGCGCGAGAACUUCGCCCCCUUCUCGUCUUCAUCUGGGCCAAAAUCCUUGCAGUGGACAGUUCCUGUCAGGCCGAUCUGGUGAAGGAUAACGGUCAUAAGUACUUCUUGUCUGUUUUGGCUGAUCCGUACAUGCCGGCCGAGCAUCGCACCAUGGCCGUCUUCAUCCUCGCAGUUAUAGUCAACAACUACAACACGGGACAGGAGGCGUGUCUGCAGGGGAACCUGAUUGCGAUCUGUUUGGAGCAGCUAAGCGACCCUCACCCUCUCCUGCGCCAGUGGGUGGCCAUCUGCCUCGGCCGCAUCUGGCACAACUUCGACUCGGCUCGGUGGUGCGGCGUUCGAGACAGCGCUCACGAGAAGCUCUACAGCCUCCUGUCAGACCCCAUACCAGAGGUACGGUGUGCGGCCGUGUUCGCUCUGGGGACCUUCGUGGGAAAUUCAGCCGAGAGGACGGAUCAUUCCACCACCAUCGACCACAACGUGGCCAUGAUGUUAGCGCAGCUCAUUAACGACGGGAGCCCCGUGGUCAGGAAGGAGCUGGUGGUGGCUCUGAGUCACCUGGUGGUUCAGUACGAGAGCAACUUCUGCACCGUCGCUCUGCAGUUUAUGGAGGAGGAGAAGAACUAUGCAGCACCCUCACCUGCAAACACUACAGAGGCGGGGAACGUGACCCCGGUGAGGGAGCGAGACAGUCCGGCGGUCCCUCGGCUCCGUUCAGUUAACUCUUACACCAACAUCCGGACGGCCAGCAUCGCCCGCAACCUCAACAAGAGCCUCCAGAACCUCAACCUCAGCGAGGAAGGCGGCCCCGUGACCUUCUCCCCCGGUAACCUGAGUGCCAGCAGCAGUGCCAGCAGCACCCUGGGCAGCCCCGAUAACGAUGAGUUCCUCCUGUCCUUCGAGACCAUCGAUAAGAUGAGGCGGGUCAGCUCGUACUCGUCACUCAACUCCCUCAUCGGUGUGUCCUUUAACAGUGUGUACACACAGAUCUGGCGCGUGUUGUUACACCUGGCGGCCGAUCCGUUUCCCGAGGUGUCGGAUUUGGCCAUGAAGGUGCUGAACAGCAUCGCGUAUAAGGCUACAAUGAACGCUCGGCCGCAGAAGAUUCUGGACUCGGGUUCUCUCACCCAGUCAGCACCCGCCAGUCCAACCAGCAAGGGAACACUCAUACACCAAGCUGGCGGGUCUCCACCCAUCCCGGGCGUGUCCAGUUCCAGCCUCACUAACGAUGUGCCAAAACCGCCACAAGCUCCGCCUUCUCGUCCCCCAUACACGCCCACUCUGGGCUCUCAAGCUCCGCCCCAUUCCCAUCAGUUCUCGCGAACACGCAAAAUGUUCGACAAGGGACCUGAUCAGAUGGCUGAGGACGGGGACGAGACUCCCGCUCACAGGAACUUCAUCAGCGUGACGCUGCAGACCGGACUGUGUGACUGGAGCGCCAAAUACUUUGCACAACCGGUCAUGAAGAUCCCUGAGGAGCACGAUGUGGAGAGCCAGGUGAGGAAGGAGAGGGAGUGGAGGUUCCUGAGGAACGCCGGAGUGCGCAGACAGAGCCAACGCAUCACACAGAGAGGAAUCACCCGAUUCGACGAUCAGAUCUUCAUCAACAGGAACCCCGGUGUCCCCUCGGUGGUGAAGUUCCACCCGUUUAACCCCUGCAUCGCCGUCGCUGAUAAAGACUCCAUCUGUUUUUGGGACUGGGAGAAAGGCGAGAGGUUGGAUUACUUCUAUAACGGGAAUCCCCGAUACACUCGCAUUACGGCCAUGGAGUACCUGAACGGGCACGACUGCUCGCUCCUCCUCACCGCCACAGAUGACGGAGCGCUACGGAUCUGGAAGAACUUUGCGGACCAGCGCAACCCCGAGAUGGUGACGGCGUGGCAGGGUCUGUCGGACAUGCUGCCCACCACACGAGUGUGUGGGAAAGCGUUUUGGAAUUGCAGCGUGAGUCGGGACUCUAGAGAGACCCCCGGCUGCUCGGGUGCUGGAAUGGUGGUGGACUGGGAACAACAGAACGGGCUUCUUAUGACAUCUGGAGAUGUUCGAGUCAUACGGAUUUGGGACACAGAAAGGGAGAUGAAGGUCCAGGACAUCCCGACAGGAGCAGACAGCUGUGUGACGAGUGUGUCAUGUGACCCGCAGCGCUCCCUAGUGUUAGCCGGCCUCGGGGACGGAUCAGUGCGUGUGUAUGACCGACGGAUGGCUCCCAAUGACUGUCGUGUGAUGACGUAUCGGGAGCACGGUGCGUGGGUGGUGAAGGCUCACCUGCAGAGAGAGACAGACGGACACAUUAUCAGUGUUAGUGUAAAUGGAGACGUGCGCUUCUUUGACCCCCGGCUGCCCGACUCCAUCAACGUUCUACAGACUGUGAAGGGACUGACGGCGCUCGACAUCCACCCGCAGGCCAACCUGUUCGCCUGUGGUUCUAUGAAUCAGUUCAUCGCGGUGUAUAACUCCAGUGGUGAUGUCAUCAGUAACAUUAAAUACUACGAUGGCUUCAUGGGGCAGAGGAUCGGCGCCAUCAGCUGCUUAGCUUUCCACCCGUACUGGCCGCACCUGGCCGUGGGAAGUAACGACUACUACAUGUCCAUCUACUCAGCGGACAAAAGACUGAGAUAACACCAUGACCUCUGACCUUUUGACCUUACAGUGCCCUACGUGCAUGGGGCGGGGAUGUAAAUGACUUCCUGUACAUAUGCAACUAUCACCAUGAAUGUUUAGUGAAGGCUGCUGAACUCUCACAGUCACUAUUGGAAUAACAACAGUAAUAAUAGAGUCAUUAUUAUUAUUAUUAUUAUUAUUAUUUUGGAGUUCUUGAUUGUAGACUUGGCUGUGCUGAGCAGUGUGUAUAUUUAAACUGCAAUUAUCAAAAACAGAUGCGUAUAUUUUACAGAUUAGUGAAAGAGGCAGUGAGCGACGCCUCUCUUUGGAGUCUAAAAGGAAAAAGGGGGCGGGGCCUGGGGUGGGUGGUUGUGUGGGUGUGGUUAUGGGACGUGCCCGCAGCAGGGUUGUUUAAGAAUGCAUUAUACUGAGAUUGGGGGGGAAGUGGGUGGAGUCUUGCUGUUAAAUACAUUAAGCAAUGUGGGAGGAGCCAUGAAUUCUUCAAGUGACAGUGAGACUUAAAAAAAAAAAAAAAAACAA